AUGCACCUCUCAAUAACCGCAAGACGCCAUGGCUGGCAACGCCCUCUCCACCCUUUACAGAUUGUGGAAAUAUCAGUUUUAUGUUUCCUUGUAGCUUCAUUCUAUUGCUUCCUCGGGAUUUUCCUCAGCAACAAAAUUGCCGAGAUUACCUUCAUCACAGUCUUCUCCUUCGCAGCAGUUUCUACUGCUGUGCUGUUUAUUAGAUGUACAGCUAUUGACUUUGUGAUUUUGAGGUCAAAAAGCACAGCAAGCACUGCAGGACUUGCAAUCGUUGUGUUGAGGGAUUUGAUCAUCACUGCAGGUGGUUGA